AUGUCGACCACUCGCUUCUUGACAACGCUUCUGGCGUUUCUCGCCAUCUCAUGCCUAGCAGCAGACGCUCGAAAGCUCCAAGAAGCGAACCCCGCGGUGCCCGCAGUGGAGCCGCAGACGGUGGAAGACACCCCCCUCCGCACAACUUCCGCGCCCACCGCAAAGAUCGCCAGCAUCUCCGCCGCGCCGAACGCGAAAGCGAGCAGCCCCGUAGUUCCCACGACGACCGCGCCCACCCCCAAGGGGAAGGCUCCCGGCGGUAAGGUCGCUCCCGCCAGCGGAAAGAAGCAGAGCCCUGGCGCGCCCAAGCAGAGCACAGCAGGCGGCGCAGGCGCACUCCGCGGACCGCCCAAGACGCACCCCGCGCCGGCCGCCGGGGGGGCGGAGCACAAGGGGAAGCCGCUGGGGCGCGAGGUGAUGCAGGUGGGCACCGUUCUUCGCGGGUCGUCCGUCGUCGGCGCAGCGCCCGGCGACGCGAACGCGGCGGGCAACGCGAUUCUGACGGUGUAUAAGAACGGCCCGGUGGUGAACAUCAAGUAUAUCGUCGCCGUGCGGAAGCUGUCCGCCGCGGGACUGCCCACCGGCGCGACGAUCAACAUGGCCGCCAGCGACGCGACGGGGCCGGCAGUUAUCAGCUUCGCGGGAGCGAAAUGGGUGAACACCACGGGCAUUAGCGCUACGGCUUCCACGAACCCCGCGGAGAACUAUCUGAGCUAUGCGACGACCGGCGUGUGGGAAGACGUCGCCAACAUGAAAACGGCGUCUGGCGAAGCGCUUUCGACGGCGUUCGCGAAAGUGAUGGUGAACCCCGAGAAGUUCUACGUGGUGGUGUCGACCCCGGCGUUCCCCGCGGGCGCCGUGCGCGGGCAGAUCCGCAAGGGCACUGGCGCAACUGUGCUUCCGCCCGGCCACCGCAAGCAGUGGGAGGAGCGGAACAAGGCCAAGGCGCCUGGCAAGUAG